AUGGCGCUGCUGACCCUGCUGGGUCAAGCACAGGCCGCCCUGCCGCAGGGCCCUCAGGGGCCAGUCGACCGCCCACGGACCCUGCCCAGCAGGAGCGAAUCCUGGCCAGAGCGGCUGCCGAGCCUCAAGGGGCUCCCGAGCAGCGAUGAAGGGACCUACCUGAGCCCGAAGCUGCAGCACGGCGGCGAGAGCAAGCGGGUGCAGUUCUUCUACCACGGCCACGCGUUCGAUGCGCGCUCGGACGCGGGCAUCCCCGCCAGGAAGUGGAUGCUGGAGCGGAGGCUGCGCUCUUACACAGGGCACUGGCUCGAGGACCCGCACACGGUCGACGAGGAGAUGGACGAGCUCGGCUUGCGGCCCGUAUGCGUCCCGUACGUGGCCCGCUUCCUGGAGCAUCCCAGCAUGGGCCCUCUGGUCGUUGAAAGAGCGGAGCAGCAGGGCGUGACCAUUCCCCAGGCGAGGAUCGACAUGGCGAUCGACAUUUGCUCGGAGGCCUUUCGUCGCAGGCGGCGCCAGCGUCAACGGCACGCCGCAUGGAUGGUGAACCUGGCUUACACGGACCCUCGAGAGUGGCUGCUGCAGUGGGGCUUCCACCUCGACGCCAAGAGGGACGAGAUCCAGGACUUCAUAGAUGGCCGAGGGCUUCGUCAGGCCCACGCAGACCUGGAGCUGGUCAACUUUGAAUGCAGCCACCUGCAGAGCACGGACAGCGUUGACGCUCGCAGCGCCUGCUCGGCCAGCAGCACG